CAACAUUUUUUUAUUAAAACAAAAUCAUUUUUUAUACUGUGAAAAUGCCCGCGAAUAUGUCGAGUGUGUGUAGUUUCGGAUACACGUCCCAGUGUUUUGUGGAUCACAAGUUGUAUCAAGACUGGCUAUAUUGAUUUUCCAGUGACGUGCGAUAGAAACGUUGUAUGCGGAAUACAGUGUUAUUAUUAGAUUGUGUAGUGCUUUUAAUAAUUCAGAAGAACAACACUGACUUUACUGAAUUACAACACAGAUAACAAAUUAAAAAAAAACACUAAAUCGGUAUGCAAGUCAAUCGGAAGACUCAACUGUGUUGAAAAAAAUAAAAUGACUAUAAAUUUACUACAACGCCAUCUCUCGGCGAAAUGACUGAACAAUGCUGGUGAAAUGUGAUUAUUUUUUAUGUUCGUGAUUGGACCCGGCGUCAAGCGUGAAAGAUGGAAGGCGGAGGUUCUACGGGGACCUCAGAGGUCUACCAGUAUGUUGGACCUUUCAGACUGGAGAAGACCUUGGGAAAGGGACAGACAGGUCUGGUGAAGUUGGGUGUGCACUGCGUCACCGGCAAGAAGGUAGCCAUCAAAAUCAUCAACCGGGAGAAACUUAGCGAAUCUGUACUGAUGAAGGUGGAAAGAGAAAUAGCAAUUAUGAAAUUGAUAGAGCACCCCCACGUGUUAGGACUGUCCGAUGUUUACGAGAAUAAGAAAUAUUUAUAUUUAGUAUUAGAACAUGUCAGUGGUGGUGAACUCUUCGACUAUUUAGUCAAGAAAGGCCGGCUGACUCCCAAAGAAGCGCGCCGGUUUUUUAGACAAAUCAUAUCCGCACUGGACUUCUGUCAUAGUCAUUCUAUAUGCCAUCGCGAUCUGAAACCUGAAAAUUUACUAUUGGACGAGCGGAAUAAUAUAAAAAUAGCUGAUUUCGGGAUGGCAUCACUGCAGCCGGCUGGUUCGCUGCUAGAGACAUCUUGCGGCAGUCCUCAUUACGCCUGCCCUGAAGUUAUUAGAGGGGAAAAGUAUGACGGUCGACGGGCGGAUGUUUGGUCGUGUGGGGUAAUAUUAUACGCACUGCUGGUCGGAGCGUUACCCUUUGACGAUGAUAAUUUACGUCAAUUACUGGAAAAGGUAAAACGUGGAGUGUUCCAUGUCCCCCACUUCGUGCCGCCCGACUGCCAACAGUUGCUGCGAGGGAUGAUCGAAGUUAACCCCGAGAAACGAAUGACGUUAGCAGAAAUAACGCGGCACCCGUGGGUGACGGCGGGCGGUCGCGGCGAGCUGGAGCAGGAGCUGCCCAUGAUGGAAGUAGUCCAGACCAGGGUGCUACCUUCCGCAGAGGCCAUAGAUCCUGACGUACUCCAGGCUAUCUGCAGUCUCGGCUGCUUCAAGCAGAGGGAGAAACUUAUACAGGAGCUGUUGAGUCCACACCACAACACAGAGAAAGUGAUAUACUUCCUACUAUUGGAACGCAAGCGGCGGCGGCCGGCGCGGGACGACGAGCCGCGACCCGCCGCGCCCGCGCUACCGCCCGACCCGCCCAGGAAAAGACUCGAUACUUGCCGGGUAAACGGGCAAUCAGCACACUUCGGUCAGAUUAGCGAAGGUUCUCCAAUAACGCCUAGAAGAUCACAAUAUAGGUUUGGUCGCAGUAGGUCUGCCUCGGGCCGGAGGGGUGAGGGACGCAGUUCACCACAGUUGCCUGCCAGCCCGCCUACCGGUCACACGCCGCACCGAGUAUCAUCGCUGGGCGGUACACCGGCAACUCCUGGAUCACCUUUGGCCUCCCCUUCAAUUCGAGAGCAUCAUCACCAACGAGCGAAUUCUACUGGACCUACUAUUAGUCUAAAUAUAAGUGGUGAGCCGGGCGAGGCGGUGAUUAUAAUAAACGAGUCACCAGUAAUGGGCUCGUCCGUCGCGGUCCGACCACACAGUCCCUCGCAGACACAUAGAGUGCGAGAAAGAUCAUCUCUGCCGGGUCCCCCGAGUACCACACAAUCGCCGGCGCAACCCUCUCUCUUCCCCAACUUAGGUACUAUUACAAGUGUAGCCCCGGGCGGCGUGGGCAGCUCGGCCGUGUGCGGCGUGGGCCCGUGCGGGGGCGCGGGCGCGGCCGCCGCCCCCUGGCGGGUGCGACUCGCUACCAUCAAGAACUCCUUCCUCGGCUCGCCGCGCUUCCAUCGGAGGAAAAUGCAGACAUCCUCAGAAGAGGUGCACUUAACUCCCGAAUCGUCACCGGAACUGACGAAGCGGUCAUGGUUCGGUUCCCUGCUGUUGUCAGCUGACAAAGAAGAAACCUUCACAGCAUUAGUGAAGGGCAAGCCUCUAGCUACUGUCAAAGCAGAUUUAAUACAUGCGUUUUUAAGUAUAGCAGAAUUAUCGCAUAGCGUGCUAAGUCCGAUGUCGUUUCGGGUGGAGUACAAGAGAGGAUCCAACGCACCCGCCAUGUUUCAGAGACAUGUCCGGUUUCAGGUUGACAUUUCUACAAUAACGAAGGCGCCCGGAGAGAAUGGCAAGGAGUAUUUAUACGCAAUCACAUUUACGUUAUUAUCAGGCAACAUCCGGCGCUUCCGACGAGUGUGCGAGGUGGUGCAGGCGGCCGUGUGUCGCGCGCCCGGCGCCGGCCGCGCCGCCGCCCUGCACCCACCCUCACCGCGCGCCCAGCGGAGGAACAUACACCCACACGGUACGGUACAUACAUCUACAUACUGCUACAUUGUACCGCGCCCCGCCCUGCACCCGCCCUCGCCGCGCGCCCAGCGGAGGAACAUACACCCACACGGUACGAUAGCAGAAUUAUCGCAUAGCGUGCUAAGUCCGAUGUCGUUUCGGGUGGAGUACAAGAGAGGAUCCAACGCACCCGCCAUGUUUCAGAGACAUGUCCGGUUUCAGGUUGACAUUUCUACAAUAACGAAGGCGCCCGGAGAGAAUGGCAAGGAGUAUUUAUACGCAAUCACAUUUACGUUAUUAUCAGGCAACAUCCGGCGCUUCCGACGAGUGUGCGAGGUGGUGCAGGCGGCCGUGUGUCGCGCGCCCGGCGCCGGCCGCGCCGCCGCCCUGCACCCACCCUCACCGCGCGCCCAGCGGAGGAACAUACACCCACACGGUACGGUACAUACAUCUACAUACUGCUACAUUGUACCGCGCCCCGCCCUGCACCCGCCCUCACCGCGCGCCCAGCGGAGGAACAUACACCCACACGCGGCAGGUGAGAUCCCGGACAGUCCGGAGACGCCCCACCAACAGUCCGACCACGACAGUGACUCCUCAGUGUUUGAUACAGUCAAGAGUCCCACCAGUCAUACAUCUAUAGACCAACUCGAUCAGAACGGCACACAUCCGCUGGGGUCGAGUUCGUCGGUCACAAGCGGGUCCAGCGGAUACAAACAGGGAGGGCGAGGGCGCCGUGGACAGGACCCAGCCUCCGCCUCCCUCGACCACGAGAUUAUGAGCUGCGGCCGAGACCUGCCAGGCACCCAUACAAAACGUUCCUCCUCCGAAUGUCGCGAGGCGACAUCGUCCCCACGACGCGGCCUCGACUCCAGAGAGAACUCCAUCAAGGAUGAGUUGCGACGCAACAAUUCUUUGCGCGACAAUCGUCGCGACUUGUUGCAACGCGACAGGGAUGUCGCACCGCCUACUACGUCGAUUGCGUGAGACUAGACUAAGCAAGUUUUGGCAAUAUGUGAUGGGGCAUGAAAAAUAAUUCAAUGAAAUGGGUUAAAUUUGACCUUUUGAGGUUAAGCUUGGCAGUUGAGCUAAAAACGAGAUUAGAGGCGCUAAAGUGACGUAAGAACGGUCGAAGAGAUAUUUUUUGCUAAAAUUGCAAGCUAAAUAAAAAAGAACUGGGCUUAGCCGUUAAUCAAAUAGAUUUCCGAUCAAAAAUGUUAAACAAGAAGUUCCAGCUGUAAGUAAUUUUACUAGUUCUUUGUUGCUUAAAAUAGAAGCAAAAAUAAUAUCAAUAUUGCAGCUAAUAAAAUAUAAGAGUAAACUACGGACAGCCUUAAAAAAGUGACAACAGUAAACACGUCGAAAUCAUUCACUCACUGAAAAGAACGAAUGAGUGAACUAAAACGAAUUUCUUAAGUAAAUCUACAAUUACGUGCAUUGAAAAACUGACGAAUAAAAAUGUUAAUGCUGUAUUCAUUACUAACAUAAAAAAAAUACAUUAUUAA